AUGGGUUCAAGAAGUCCAUCAUUGCAACGGAUCAGAAAUGCUGGGUCCUUGAGAGCUUGCAAGUACUUAUGGUUAUUUCUGAUGGCCAUCGAGUUUCAUAGCGAUGACGUGCAAAUGAUUUUUGCUGGUGAUAUUGCCAAGAAGCUAGAAGAUUCUUAUCCUGUUCCGCCGAAUGUCGAUGAUUCCGGAACCAUCAGUUUAGCCUUCCUCAUAAGCUUAUCAGUCACAUUUGCACUCCUGAUGGUUGUUUUGGUUAUAAUAGCUAUUUACGUGACGUUUUGUGGAGCUGAUGAAGCUGAGUAUGAUGAAGAAACUGGUGGCACAAGCGGUGCAGCGGGGCCGUUUCAUUCUCUGUUUAGUAAGAAACGCAAUGCCAUUCUUUUGGACUCAUCUUUCACUUCAGCAGGGCAAUUUGAUGAUGAUGCGCUGCUGCAGGAGCAGGAAGCUACAGAGUUACCGAAGAUGUCGCCCUUUGAGCUCGACCUCUAUAACCGGGCCAAGGAGUUCCAAAAGGUCAAUCCUCCGAAUGUGAAGGAAUUUGGUACUUUUACUAAUGAAAGCGACUUGCAGUUUAUCAGGGACCGCGGCAUACAAAGCUAUAGUUUCUUACCAAGCAUUAAUGACAACACUGAUGUGGAGGGGAAUUUCCUGCCAAGUUUUCUCAUACAGGAUAAACUUGACAUUACGUUCACGAAGUACAAUAAAAGUUCUUCUGCAAUCAUGAACUAUCCUCUCCCUUUUAACAGGAAGGAUGCAGUUUAUUUUGAAGUCAAGGUUUUCAGACAUCCAAGUGAUUCCAAUGCGAUUUUCAGUAUAGGCUUAAUGACGUUUCCUUAUCCCUACUUCAGAAUACCUGGCAUGUCACUGUUUUCAAUAGCGUACGAGUCUACCGGCAAGCUGAGGAUAAACAACCCAUUCAUGGCCAGCACUUUACUGCCAAAGUUGCAGGAAGGAGAUGUUGUGGGAUUUGGGUACAGGUUCAGGACAGGUACGAUUUUCAUUACUCACAACGGGAAACGGUUGAUAGAUGUGACGCAGAAUGUUGGAAUCGACUUAUUCGUAGGAAUUGGGUCUCUAAAUGCUGCGUUUACGCGCACUUACACAAGGGACGGAUUGCUGGAAGAUCCAGAUAAUAUCGAGAUGCGUGAAGGUUUAUCGGAAGGAAGAGAAGUAGAAUUACCACCGGAUCUACAGCGUGUGCAUGACGUUGCGGCGCCAGACGCGCCCGAAUCUGACGAAGUUGAAUUACACGUUAACUUGGGGCAAGUCGGCUUCGUGUUCAUCGAAGCAAACGUCAAGAAAUACGGGUUUGGGAGCGUAUAUGGGGAAAUAGGCAUACCGCCAUCUUACAACGGUAAUGAGACCAAGACGGACACGAUACUGCAAAAGGGUGCAGAUAUACCGCCAGAAUACUCCGAUACGACAGGUCCAGACGAGUUUUUCGGGAACAUACACAUCAACAGCGGUGGUUCUGCAACGGCAAGCUCAUCCAACUUGCUGGCACCUAGGACUGGCAGACUGCUUUCGGCUAUACCGGAAAUUGCUGAAAGUGAUCUGGAAAGGUACGAAAGAAACUCUUCUGCCUACGAUCAAGAGUAUAACCACAGUCUUAUGACGAACGAAAACGUUGGCCUCAGUCGCCUGUCGUCGGUCGAAUCUGCGGAGAGCGACAACAAGGCUGGUCAGACAUCGGCGCGACACAAUGAGAGGACACCGCUAAUCAAUCGCCAACCUUUGAACCGCGAUGACGACAAACACAAGAGAAAGAGGCGGAAGAGAAAGAAGAGAUCCAAAAAAUAA